GUCUGAUCUGGCAUCACACCGGAGCUCCGUGAUGAGAAGCCGGAUCUUUUGCUCCACAUAUACACAGUUGAUCUGAAAGUGAAGAUGGGACUCCCACCUCUGGAGUUCAGCGACUCUUUUGUGGACAGCCCGGACUUCAGGGAGCGCCUGAAAUGCCACGAAGUGGAGCUGGAGCGAACAAACAAAUUCAUCAAGGAGCUCAUCAAGGAUGGAAACCUGCUGAUCACUGCGCUCAAGAGUCUUUCUGCUGCUGUCCAGAAGUUUUCCCAGUCCUUGCAAGAAUUCCAGUUUGAGUGCAUAGGUGAUGCAGAAACAGAUGAUGAGGUGAACAUUGCCCAGUCGUUUAAAGAGUUCUCCCAGCUGUUGAGCACAGUCGAAGAGGAAAGAAGACGCUUGAUUCAGAAUGCAGAUGAUGUCUUGAUUACUCCCUUGGAGAAAUUUCGGAAGGAGCAAAUCGGUGCAGCAAAGGAGGUAAAGAAGAAAUUUGAUAAGGAAACAGAGAAAUACUACUCCACACUUGAGAGACACCUCAACGUGUCAUCCAAGAAGAAAGAGGCGUAUCUGCAGGAGGCCGACAUGCAGAUUGACAAGGAGAGACAACUCUUUUAUGAUGCGUCCCUCGAGUACGUUUUCAAAAUACAAGAAGUGCAAGAGAAGAAGAAAUUUGAGUUUGUCGAGCCGCUCCUGGCCUUUCUUCAGGGUUUGUUUACGUUCUACCAUGAAGGAUAUGAGCUGGCUCAUGAAUUUGACCCAUACAAACAGCAACUCCAGUUCAACCUACAGAAUACACGAAACAACUUUGUGAGCACCAAGCAGGAAGUGGAGAAGCUGAUGCAGAGGAUAAGGUCUGCAGAUCAGGACUACAAGCCCCCAGGCCAGUGGACGAUGGAGGGCUUCCUGUACGUCCAAGAGAAGCGUCCUCUGGGAUGCACUUGGACACGUCACUACUGCACGUACGAGAAAGGCAGCAAGACUUUCACCAUGAGCAACGCUGAAAACAAGUCGGCUGGGAAGCAGAACGGCCUUGUUCCGAGUCAGCCCGAGAUUUUCAAGCUCAAAUCGUGCAUUCGGAGGAAAACUGACUCCAUCGACAAGCGUUUCUGCUUUGACAUAGAAGUGGCUGGAAGGCAUGGCGUUAUGACACUGCAGGCACUGUCGGAGUCCAACAGAAGACUGUGGCUGGAAGCCAUGGAUGGCAAGGAGCCGAUUUACAACCUGCCAGCCAUAUUAAGCAAAAAGGAGGAAACAUAUCUUAAUGAGGCAGGUUUUAACUUCAUAAGGAAAUGCAUUGACCUGGUUGAGAAGAGAGGGAUAAACACAAUGGGGUUGUACAGAAUCGGAGGGGUCAACUCUAAAGUACAGAAGCUGAUGAGCACCGUGUUUUCUUCAAAGGCGCCUGCUGAUAUGGAACUGGAUCCAGAGAUGUGGGACAACAAAACUAUCACCAGCGGUUUGAAGAAUUACCUCAGAUGUCUCUCUGAGCCUCUGAUGACUUUCAAGCUCCACAAAGAUUUCAUCAUGGCUGUCAAGUCCGAUGACCAGAACUACAGGGUGUGUGCUGUCCAUGCUUUGGUCCACAAACUUCCAGAGAGGAACAGGGAAAUGCUGGAGCUCCUAAUAAAACACCUCGUCACCGUUUCUGCACAAAAUCAGUCCAACUUGAUGACGGUGUCAAACCUGGGUGUUAUCUUCGGCCCCACGUUGAUGCGCUCCCAAGAGGAGACUGUUGCUGCUAUGAUGAACAUCAAGUUCCAGAACAUUGUUGUGGAAAUACUUAUCGAGAACUUUGAUAAGAUCUUCCACCAGCCUCCAGAUCCUAAUGUGCCGCUGCCCCAACCACAGAGCCGGCCCGACUCCCGCAGGAGCCGAGCCAUCUGCCUGUCCAAGGGGCCUCGUAAACCUCGCAGUCUGUACACUCCAACGCUGUGCCUGGCAGACGCAGAAAGUGACACUUUAAGCAGCAGUCCAAGCAGUACCCCUAUGGGCAGCAUGGAGUCUCUGUCUUCCCACUCCUCUGAGCAGAACACCUGCUCCAAAGCAGCUUCCUCCAGACACAAGACGAGUCAGAGCAAGUUGGACCUGCUGCACCUACCAUCAUCUCAGCUCUCAAAUGGCCCCAGAAGCACCGUGUGUGUCAGCAGCCCUGAGUCCAGCUCCAGGGAGGACACGGGGCGAACAGAUGGAGAGUCCGAGGACGCUCUCAGCCUGUCCUCAGUCAGCAUCACACCCAGACUGUCCCCUGCACCCAAAAAAGCCCCCCAUUGCAACACCGACCUCAAACCAGCACUGAUGAACCGCUCUGUUUCUCCCUCACUGAAGUCCCUGCAUGUAUCUGACGGCCACAGGAGCCACUCUGGAUCUGCCCAAAGCUUAUUAACACUGGAGAGUCUAAAGCCUUCGGAGCACCCAGACCUUCCACCCAAAGUAGUGAUCCGCCGCAGGAUGGACGGGUCCGCCAACAACGGCUACCAAAGACCAGGAUCAGUGGUUGCAGCCAGAGCACUGUUCUUUGAAAAUCCGCCCUCCCAACAUUCUGCACCCGCCGGAAGAGAUGCCAAGGCGAUGUACUCGUGUGAGGCAGAACACAGCAAUGAGCUCAGCUUCCCCCAGGGGGCGCACUUCACCAAUGUGUACCCCUCCGUGGAACCAGGCUGGCUCCAAGCAACGUACGAGGGAAAAACAGGUUUAAUCCCAGAGAAUUAUGUUGUUUUCCUGUAGCAGAUGGUACACGCACCUUUUUUUUUUUUCUUGGCAUCCAUAGGAAAAAACACACAAUGUUUAUAAUUGUAAUAAUUUGGCAUUUUUGUAUUUUGUGCAUUUUUAUAAGAUAUCUAGCAGGACAGUUGUGGCUACUGCAGACCAAAAGCGUUACCCCUCAUUCUGAACUUGUGAUGCGUUUGAGGGAUCUGCAAAGACUAGGAGGAAGUAGAGAUUACUGUAAAAUAUAAAUAUAGAAACG